AUGGCCAAGAUUUUCCUAACCGGUGCCUCCGGCUACAUCGGCGGCGAAGUCCUCCACGCCAUAGCGACCGCGCACCCGGAAUACACCAUCCGCGCCCUAAACCGCGACGCCACCAAAUCCGCCCUCAUCACCGCCGCCUACCCGAGCGUGACCAUCGUCCCAGGCAGCCUCGACGACAGCGCGACCCUCGAAGCCGAAGCCGCCCAGGCAGACAUCGUGCUCAACCUCGCCGCGCGCGAGCACCUCCCCAGCGCCCAAGCCAUCCUCAAAGGCCUGACCUCCCCUUCCCCCUCCCGCACCCCCGCCAAACGCCCCUACUGGAUCCAAGUCUCCGGCGCGACCCUCCUCGCCUCGCCCGAAAUCGCGCGCGGCACCUACGGCGAGCCGAGCGACAAAAUCCACGACGACCUCUCCGGCGUCGCCGAGAUCAUUGCCCUCAUCCGCAGCAACCCCAAGCGCGCGACGGACAAUUUCGUCCUCGACAGCAGCCAGGCCGCGCACAACGGUGUUAACACGGCGCUCGUGCCGCCCGGCAUCAUCUACGGCGAGGGCGCCGGCCCGGUCAACCGGCGCACCUUCCAGGUGCCGGAGCUGGCGCGGGUCGCCGUCGAGCGCGGGCGCGCCGUGCAGGUGGGCCGCGGUUUGGCGAGGUGGGGCUACGUGCAUAUACGGGAUCUGGGCCAGCUGUUUUUGCGGCUGGUGGAGAAGGCGGCGGCGGGAGAGGAUGGGCGGGCGGGGCUGUGGGGGGAGGAGGGGAUCUAUUUCACGGGUGUAGGUGGUGAUAUUUCCUUUGCGGAAAUUUCUCAGCGCGUCGCUCAGGCCGCGUUCGAGAAGGGGUAUAUCAAGAGCGCAGAUGUGGAGCAGCUGUCGGCAGAAGAGGCGGACAAAUUGAUCGGCCAUGCAAGCGCUGUUCUGGGCACGAAUGCUCGUUGCGAGGCGAGGCGCGCGAGGGAGCUGCUUGGGUGGAAGCCUGUGCAACAUGACCUCAUUGAUGAGAUUCCUGUGACGGUUGAGGCUGAGGCUCGCAAACUGGGUGUUGCGAGCUGA